AUGUCAUCCAUAAAAUCCACAUCUUCGUCGCAUGUCAAGGCAUCUGAAAUGAAUUCUCGAAUGGAGCAAGAUGCUGUUGAAGUUGCUCGAGAAGCUCUUAGUCGUGCAUCAAGUGAACGUGAGGCUGCUGAACACAUCAAACGUCAUUUUGAUCAAAAACAUCGUCCAAAUAACUGGAGUUGUAUUGUGGGAAGAAAUUUUGGUUCAUACGUUAGUUAUGCCCAAGAUCAUUUUAUCAAUUUCAGUGUGGGACCCACCGAUGUUCUACUAUUUCGAAAUAGCUAA